AUGUAUCAAACUAUUGAGAACUAUUUAGCACUUAAAUAUACUUUUAACUAAUAUUUAAUACAUAUCAAUUUAACGUUUGAAGUUAGUUGAAUAGUGUUUCAAUUGUUUUGUAAUAAAAAAAAUUAUGGAAAAUGAUGUAGAAAAUAUACUAUCAAAUAGUGAUCGUACAAUUCAUACAAUGUAUACUCCUCGAACAAGAGGAAGACAACAAUUUAGUUUAGGUAUUAGUUCUGCUCCAGCAGAAGAAAUUGAAGAUAUUAAUACAUUACAAGAAUUAUUAAAUAAAACUUGGACUAUUUUUGGAGUUUCUACUUUAUUUAAUUUUUAUCAAGAUGAAAUAUGUUUAAAACAAUAUGCAAAAAAAUUAAGAGAAGAAAUUGCAAACAAUUUAACACAAGAAGAUGUAACAUAUAAUACAGAAUUUUGUAUUAUGGAAAAUAUAAUAUUGAGACCUAGUCCAAUGGAUCCACCACCAAUAAAGAUUGAAGUUUAUUCUGAAAAAAAUAAUAAUGAAGAAAGUUCAAAGAAAUGUAUAUAUAAAGGAAUAUUUCUGUCAUGGAGAAGUACUAAAAAUACAUUAACUGAUAGUUCUAUAAGAUUACCUCUUCUAUUAUGUCGUAGUACACAAGGUACUAUGGGAAUUGUUCAUACUAUAUUAAGUCGUAUGUUUGAUUGUAUGAUUGUCACAUUAUCUGCACAUGAAGAUGAUUUACUAUGGCUUAUUCCAAUUGUAAUUAUUCCAAUAACUAAAGAGGAACAACCAAAAAGCAAAGAUGAAAUUCAUAUGGAAUAUAAAAUACCAGAAUUACCAGAUACAGAUACAAUUACAAUAAAAUUUAAAAUUUUAGAUUUAAUAAAAAUAUUAACAGUAAUUAUAAAAGAUCAAAAUGAUGAAGCAAGUCUUGAAAUGACUUUUAAUUUAGAACAUAUAGAAAAAUUCCGUGAAGUUUUAUAUUCUCAAAUUUUAGAACUUGCUGGUUUACAAUUGGGCUUGUGUGCAUUACAUAAAAUUCAUCUCCCAACACUUACUAUUAUGGAAAAUAAAAUGAAAGUAAUGAGUGCAGAUACUAUGAAUCGUGUUUUAUUAUAUUUAAAUGAAAAAGCUCUUGAUACGUUUCACACAUUAAAUUUUGAGAUGUAAUCUGUAUAAUAUAUUUUAAAUUAUUAAUGUUAAAUUAUUGUAAUAUUAAUUUUAACAUAAUAAUUUGGAUUAGUAUAUGCAGUUUUCAUAUCAUCAUAUGUUUUAUAAAUUUAUUCGGAUUUGGUAUAAUUUUUUUAAAUAUCACAGAUUGUAUAAAAUAUUAAUGUUAGAUUUCAAAUACUAUUACCAGUAAAUUUGUACAACACAAAA